AGUACCCCCUUUGUCAUACGCGCGACAAGGCGGACGCGUGUCAGGUGUGUCAAAUCGCGCCGCAUACACAGGUGAGCGAGAACCGCGUUACAACCGUGCGGCACUGUUGGAGGCUGUUAUUUCUCCGGCCUAUGCAAGCAAAGAUUACACGCGGGAUAGAGACAAUAAGCGCAUAAGUUAUAGGGGUACCCACCACCACGGCUGUCAGUGCACGUCCGAACGCGGCAGGCGACAUUGUUUUGCGUCUCGCGCCUCACAUUGUCUUACCCUCUCUCUCUCUCUUUCUCUCUCUUUCUUUAUUGCGUACUAAAGCCUUUCAGCUAUGUAUAUCUUGCUUCGUAAAAAAAACAUGUAAAAUACAAUUAGAGAUCGACAAAAUUCUAUUCUGUAAAUUAACGUCGCGCUCGCAAAUAAUCUGUCAUUCUUGUGCAAAAUACCAAAAGAAUUUAUAAUCAUGCACUUCUUUUUCUAAUUAUUUCUAAACUUUUCUGAACACUAAUUCUCGAUUUUAUGCGGUGUCUUUAAUUCCGAAUCAUUAUAAUGAGAGGACUAAUUAUUUUUAACUUUUUUCUCUAGACUGAGAAUUUGAUUUUAUAAAACGGAUUUAACUGUCAAUUCUUUUCAAUUCUACCCUUUGCAUUUUGUAAAAAAUAUACGAGAAAACUUCUGUCUUUCAAUCGCUUUUUACGAUACGUGAUUCCAUCUUCGAUUUAUUUCUUUGGUUUUUGCCAAUAUUUUUCAAUCAUUUUUCAUUUAUCAUAGUUGUUAAAUGUAUUUUCAAUUAGAUUACAUGUAGUAGCUUAUUUGUGUAGAAUUUCAUGUAGAAAUGUGUGCCGACUUGACUUUAGGACGCAAAAAAGCUCUGACAGAACCGUGCGAUGUCCACCAUUAGGAAAAUUUUAACACGGUAACGGAGAUGAAUGAGAAUACAAAAGGUGUCCAUAGCAUGCUUUAUUCUCAGUGGACCGCUGGAAAAGAGUCUCGACAUCCUAUCAUGAUUAAUGUUCGAUCGCCCAAGAGUAGCUUGCGUAACAGCAGGUUCGACCCCAUGAAGACCGACGUGGUGGUGCCCGAAAUGCUCGCACCCGUCGUGCCUCCGUCGGACACCUUCAAUCCUUCCACCGAUAGCCUGCACGCGGCCAUGAGACCGAUCAUCGUGCUGGCCCAAUGUUUCUCCAUGCUUCCGGUGUGUGGUAUCUAUAAGCCGGACGCCUCGUACCUUCGAUUUACAUGGCGCAGCCCGAAAAUCUUGUACGCGGCGAUCGCUUUCCUGGGGGUGCUCGCCAUGACGAUCGCCAACCUCGUGCGUCUGUUGACCUCGGGGAUAAAUUCCACGAAAAUGACGACUUUCGUUUUCUACGCCACGGCACUGGUGACCGCCGUCCUGUUCGUUCGGCUGGCGAUGCAGUGGCCUUGCCUGGCGUUAACCUGGGAGAAACUGGAACGUGAAUUCACCUCGAGACAUCGGCGGAUUUCGAAGACCACUCUCGCAACUCGUUUCAAAAUUGUAACCGCCGUUGUCAUGUUGCUCGCAUUAGUGGAACACAGUGCCGCUGUGCUUUCUGCGUAUCUCAGUGCGGUAGAAUGCGCAGAAUUUCGCGGUGACCCGGACAUUGCCGGUACUUAUUUCAAAUUGCAAUUUCCUCAGAUCUUCGCAAAAAUGCCGUACAUUCUCUGGAAGGGGAUCGUGGUUGAAACUAUAAAUAUCCUCAGCACAUUCUCGUGGAACUUCGUCGAUCUGUUUCUUAUUCUUGUCAGCAUAGCUUUGGCGGACCAGUUCAGACAGCUGAACAGUCGUCUUUUUUCGAUACGGGGAAAGGCGAUGCCGGAGUGGUGGUGGGCCGAAGCCAGGAGUGACUAUAAUCACUUGGCGACUCUUACGCGCAGAGUGGACUCUCACAUCUCGUGCAUCGUGCUUCUGUCCUUCGCUACCGACUUGUACUUCAUCUGUAUUCAAUUGCUGUUUUCCUUCAACAGUCCAAUACGCGGCAUCGUGCGGAAAAUCUACUUUUGCUACUCCUUCGGCUUUCUGUUGGCGAGAACGAUGGCGGUGUCCCUGUACGCGGCUUCCGUUCACGACGAGUCCCGUCUGCCGGCACCGAUUUUGUACAGCGUCUCCGGUUCCAGUUACAGCAACGAGGUCUCAAGAUUCUUGACGCAAGUAACCACGGAUAAUGUAAGCCUGACAGGAAUGAAAUUCUUCUCCGUGACGAGAGGCCUCGUGUUAACCGUUGCUGGGACUAUCGUGACUUAUGAACUGGUUUUGGUACAGUUUAACUCCUUCCAGCAGGUGGACCAGUCGAAUAUAACGAACGCUUGCGAGGUGAAGUAGAGAGCUUUCGAAAAGAUUUUUAAGGAUUUUAAACAUCUAUACCUGCUUCUGCAUCUGUAAAAAUCACACGAGUUUUGAAAUAGAGUUUAUCGUGUAAAUACAAAUAUUCUGCGCUCUUAUACACCAUUUUACACACUUUUUUACUCAUUUAUUCUGGCUCUCUUACACUACUUUUAACAGUCACGAAAUUUGACGAAAUUAGUCCACCGUUUCUCUGUUUGCCUGUUUCACGAACAACAAGGUUUGACUUUUGUUAAAUCAUAUGCUUUGCGUACAAAAAAUGUUUACAGUUUGGUAGUUGUUGCGAUAUAACUGCAGACUGUUUAUUUUGAAAUGUACCGAUCUGUUUCAUUUUUACACGCCCGUACACCUAUAUCUAUAUAUAUCACUACAUCAUCUAUAUCACUAUAUUGACAUUACAAAUCGCACAAUUCUAUUAUAAUAAAUGCUAUCAUUAAAUAAAUUUUAAACUGCAUUUCA